AUGUCCCUCCUAAGCAUAAGAACGCUCCUCCUUCAGAAUCUGAGAGCGAAAAGCUCUGAUGAAGAGGCUUCAGGCCGAGGUGAUACUCCGCCUCGCUCCCCUACCCCAGAAAUUCUAGUUCACUCUAAUCCUCCUUCGCCUUCACCUGUCACCAUCCUAGUAUCCAUCCCUCCUAUAUCUCCCAUUCCAACCACUCAACCAUUCACUACAAUUCCUAUCCCCACUCCCAUUUUCACAGAUACCACUACUACCACAAAACCUCACUUUACUGUUCCCAAUCCACCUGUAACCGAACCACCAGUCACAACCGAACCUCCACCUACUUCAAAACCCUUAUCUCCCAUACAAUCCACUGAAACAACUCUUAUUCUAGGCGGUGAGGACUUGGAAUUUGAUUCCAUGUAUUUCAGUCCUUACCGAGUGCAGAGCGAUGAUGAUGACGAUGAUCCUGUUACAAAGCGUCAUCUCAAGGCGGUAAAUGAAAAGCUUGAUCAACUGCUUUAA